AUGCUGUGGGUACUUCUGCUGUUCCGCAGUGAACUGGACAAAUCUGUUCUUCGGGCAGGGGGCGCUGUGUCCCCCGCUCAGGUCGCCUUCACGUGUCCUUCCCACGGUCACGGAGCAGCUCGCGGAUUGUGGACCAAAGUCAGAGCCAUGGCAGCUGUGCAGGUGUCUGAGUCGGAUCAGAUCAAACAGUUCAAAGAGUUUCUUGGGACGUACAACAAAGUAACAGAGAACUGCUUCAUGGACUGUGUCAAAGACUUCACGACACGCGACGUCAAACCAGAGGAGUCCAGCUGCUCAGAGUCGUGUCUGCAGAAGUACCUGAAGAUGACUCAGAGGAUCUCCAUGAGGUUCCAGGAGUACCACAUCCAGCAGAACGAGGCACUGGCCGCCAAGGCAGGGCUUCUGGGGCCGCGCCGGUUUGUUCCGCGGAAACAGCUCAGUUCUCCCGCGGAAAGUGUUUGCUUCUCCCGGUUUCCUUCACCCCCUCUGCCCCAUCGCUGUCCUUCUCCCGUGGACCCAACCCCCGCUGGACCGAGCCACGUGGGAGAGGCGUUCGUGGCCCGCGAAGUCUCCGUAGGUCUGCUCCAUGUGCAGGGCAGAUUAUCCCUGAACAAAGAGCCUAGAGUCCCGCUUGGAGUCGCGUGUGUGGCCCGUGCCCUGGAGCUCAGGAAGAUGCCGCUGCUCCACAGAAAGCCCUUCGUGAGACAGAAGCCACCCCCUGACUUGGACCCAGACGAAGAAGUUUUUCUCUGUAAAAUCACCCACGAAAUCUUCAGAAGCUACGAUGAGUUCUUCGAGCGCACCAUUCUCUGUAACAGCCUGGUGUGGAGCUGCGCCCUCACUGGUCGGGCUGGACUUACGUACCUGGAGGCGGUGGAGAGUGAGAGAAAAGCCCGCAACAAUCUGCAGAACUUCCCCCAGUGUCUCCUGAAGCCGCUGCUGCUGCUUGUGAAGCAGAGCCACAGCAAGCGUCUGUCAGAGCUCUGUGAGGAGGUCUAUGGUUUCUGCAAGGACCGGUACUUCCCUGGAGAGAACGUGGACGUCACAAUCAGAGGAGGCAACAGAGUGCUCUGUCAAGUGGUCAUGGUCCUGUCUCCUCAAUCCAGUGCUAAUGGAUUGUUGCUCAGUCCUCACUCUAAAGCCAACGGCUCUGUGCACAACACUGAGGGAGACUCCAUCGUCAUCAGCGACAGCGACACUGAAGACGAACUCACUCAGAUAAAUGGUAAACGUCGGAAAGCUCUCUCCCCGUCAGUUUUCAGAUACACAGUGAAGCCACUGAACGGAGACGCAGAGCCGUUUACGGUGAAGGCGGCUCAGCUCAGCCGAAGGAAAAGUGUUUUGUCCCGAGAGAAACUCAAGCUGCUCUUCAAACAGCACUGUGAGCCGCACAAUGGAGGCAUCAUUGUUAAGUCCUCCACAGUCUCGUCGUUCGGACUCUCUGCUCUGAUUUUCACUCAGUUCUUCCCUGACGAUCCUCCAGUGUUCAGCCCAUCCAAGAGUUCUCCAGGACAGGGGUCCCUGUCUCAUCUGAAGGCCAUGGAGGAGAAGCUGAAGCUAAUGCAGCAGAAGGAAGACAUGAGUCUGAUGAAAAAAAACAAAGUGAAAGAAAUGAAACGGCUGAAAGACGAAGAGCGGCUGAAGCAACAGAAGAAAAUGGACAAGCUGCAGCAGAUGAAGGAGAUGUGGAGAGGAGACAAGGACGAGGAGCAAGCAAAAGAGAACCGCAAGAGGGACAGAGAGGAGCGGCAACAGCAGAAACUGGAGGAGAAGCUCAACAAGAGAGCGGAGAAGGAGAGGGAGCGAGAGAAGCUGAAAGAGGAGAGGAAGAAGUAUGCAGAAAGGAUAAAGAUGAUGAGCAAACCUGCAGAAGACCUGGAGUGUGAAGACCUGCAGGAGCUGCCCCUCCCCUCUCCGGUGCACACCUGUCUCCCCUUGCACCUGUUUGGAGAUGCACUCAUGGUCCUGGAGUUCCUCACGUCCUUUGGGGAAGUCUUCGACCUGAAGGACGAGUUUCCAGACGGCGUCACUCUGGAGGUCCUGGAGGAGGCACUGGUGGGCUCCGACCCUGAAGGACCUCUGUGCGAACUGCUCUUCUUCUUCCUGUCUGCCAUUUUCCAGAGUUCAGACGAGGAGGAGCAGAGCGGAAAGGAGCCAGACCUGUUAGAGGCUUUGGACGACACUGCUGACCCCACCUCGUCCGCUCUGGCUGCCAUGACAACAGCAGCAGGGGCGUGGUCACAGCUGCAUCAGGGGCGGAGCCUGAAGCAGCUGGAUCUAGACAGCUGCACUCUGAGUGAGAUCCUCAGACUGAAAAUCUUGUCGGCAAAAACCAGAGACGAUCCCUGUGUGGAGUUCAAGAACAUGUGUCCAGAAAUACUGCAGAGACUCAGGAGUACUGCAGUCUAUGACCUUCAGCCAGGGGAGAAGCUGCAGAUCCUGAAUGCUCUGGUGGGGAAACUGCUGAGUCUGGACCUGAGCCGAGACCUGAUGGAGGACUGUAUGGACGAACAGAAGGCGGCGAGACAAGAACUGAGGGAGAUCAGGGCCGAGCAGCACCGCAGGGAGAGAGAGGAGGCGGCCUAUAGGGUCCGGAUGAGGAAAGAGGAGAGACUGCUGAAGAUGAAGGAGCGUGAGGACAAGCUACGGGAGCAGGAGAACAUCAGAAUGAAUGGAACAGAAUCAAUCAUGAAACCAGAGCAGAUCCAGGACAAAGACACCCAGAAAGGUCCUGAUUCCAAACCUGCCACGUUGAGUCCUGAGGAACUCCAGAAAGAACAGGAGAAGGUGAACGAGUUGCUGGUGCGGAUUCACCGUGCGCACACGUGCACGUCGUUGCUGCCGCUAGGAAGAGACCGAUGGUUCCGAAAGUACUGGCUGCUGCCGUCUCUCAGUGCACUGUUUGUGGAGGAGGAUGCGUUCGGACUCACCGCCGACAUGACCCGGCCUGAGGGGGGCACCACUGAACCUGCCCACACGGGAGUCAGUGACAGCCCAGACUCCACCCCUAUUGUAAUAGACUCCGCCCCUCCCUCCCCUGAGCCUGGCUGUGCCCCCGUCACCUAUGAGUCCACUCCCCGUUGGUGGUUCUUCUCGUCUGAGGAACAAGUGGAACAGCUGCUGAAGACUCUGAACCCGAGAGGACACAGAGAGAGCGGCCUGAGGGAGGCACUGUCCCAGGAGAGAGCCCGCAUCAGUACUGGUCUAAAGGACUGUGAGCCCAGCAAGUUUACACACACAGAGGAGCAGAGUGUCCCAGAAGGCAAAGCGGCCGAAUCAGUGAUGGAGGUGAAACUGCGAGAUCUGCUGCUAGACAUCGAGGACAGAGUCUAUCAGGGCACUCUGGGGGCACUAAAGGUGGAGAGACUUGUGUGGAGGGCCGCUCUGGAGGCGGGAGACUACAGCACUUUGAUUGACAGCUGUGAGGAACAAUCUAUGGAGGUGGAGUCCUCUGACAGUUUUGGAGCCUCAUCUCUGGGCGUCAGGGCUCUGGCUACUGCUCUGGCAGAGAUUGAAAGAGGGAUUGAGAGGCGCUUCCUCAAAUCUCCCCUGGGUGACGAUGUGCAGAAAACUGACGCAAAAAACAAGAAGAACCAGAGCAGUGACGAGGGCAGCGAUGGCGGCCGUGUGGGCAGGUCUCUGCUGGAGCGAUGGAGAGAGUCUCUGAGCUGCUGCUCCAGUCUGUCACAGGUGUUUAUCCACUUGUCGUCCCUGGAGCGCUCCAUCCUCUGGUCUCGCUCCUUGUUAAAUGCUCGCUGUAGAAUCUGUCGAAGAAAAGGAGACGCAGACAACAUGCUACUGUGCGAUGGCUGUGACCGUGGACACCACACACACUGUCUACGACCUAAACUCAAGUCGAUCCCAACUGGAGACUGGUUUUGCCCCGACUGUAAACCCAAGCAGAGAUCCAGCAGAGUCCCAUCCAGAACCAGGUCCUCUGUCGACGAAGAAGAAGAGGAGGAGGAGGAGAGUGAGGAGGAAGAGGAGGAGAGUGAGGAGGAAGAGGAGGAAGAAGAGGCUGAAGACAGUGAAGAGGAGAAGUCUGAGGAGGAGCCGACGCCAACCCCCAGGUCCCAUCACACGUUUACAAACAAGAGGUGCUCGGCCCCGCCUACAAAGGGAAAGAAUCAAUCAACAUCGUCCAAGAGCCAACAAACCACGCCCAAAAACUUUGCAACAAAAGCCACACCCACCUCCAGGUCUGGGGGAAAGAAGCAGUCUCCGCCAUCGACCAGAGCUCCACCCAGAGCGGGCAGCCGCAGCAGCUCCCGCCUCAGUCUUGAGGUCGCACAGAACGGGAAGACCACACCCAAGACCACCGUCAAGACCACCCCCAAGACCCCCCCUAAGACCAGCAAAAAAACCAGCCCACCAUCCAACCCACGGGGGAAACAGAGCCAGCCCACAGCGGACCCCAAACCCAAAUCCAAACCUGUGCUGGCCUCCAGCUCUGGGGGCAGCAGGAGAUCAUCCGGGAGGAACCAGGGAGUCCACGAGCUGUCGGCUUGCGAGCUCCUCACUGUGGAGCUGGUGCGACACCAGGACAGCUGGCCCUUCAUGAAGCUGGUUUCCCGCACUCAGGUCCCAGAUUAUUACGACAUUGUGAAGAGGCCAAUCGCUCUGAGCAUCAUCAGGGAGAAGGUCAACAACUGUCAGUACCAAUCCACAGCGGAGUACAUGGCAGACGUGGAGCUGAUGUUCUCCAACUGUCUGCAGUACAACCCACGGAGCAGCAACGAGGCCAAAGCCGGGGCCAGGCUGCAGGAGUACUUCCACUCGGAGCUGGAGAAGAUCGGAUUGAAGGCCAGCAUCGAGCCUCCAGCCAAACGCUCCAAGCACUGA